AUGUCUGGUUGGAGACCUUUGAAAGUCGGCGUGAUCGGCGGCGGCAUCGGCGGCAUGUCGGCCGCCCUCGCUUUGCGUCGAGCAGGCCACGACGUGACCAUCUAUGAAAAGUCCGAUUUUGCCGGCGAAGUAGGCGCCUCGGUCUCGUGUGCAGCCAACGGAACUCGCUGGUUGCACGAGUGGGGAGUCGAUGUCGCCAAAGGCGACCCGGUCGUCUUGAAGAAGCUCAUCAACCGCGACUGGAAGACUGGAGAGCCCGUGAGUGUUUAUGACCUGGAAGACUACGAGAAGCGAUGGGGAUACGUAUACAACAUGUUCCACCGGCAAUAUAUGCACGCCAUGCUGAAGGACUCGGCGAUGGGCGAAGGCGACGGGAUCCCGGCGAAACUGGUUGUGAACCACCGCGUACGUGCCUCUGGUAACAACCGUCCAGAUCAUCUGCUGAUCGUACAACAGUGCCGCGAUAUUGAUCUGAACACGAACACGAUUACCUUUGAUAACGGAGUCACGGCACAACACGACCUUGUCGUCGGUGCAGACGGGAUUGGAUCCGCCGUGCGAGGCAUCCUGGGCAUUAAACCCGAGAAGAAGCCGUCCGAUUCCAGCUGCCUGCACGCCAACGUGGAUACCGACGAAGCAGUCAAGCUGGGCCUGGUCGACUAUUCCCAGGACAGCGCACUGGAGUACUGGGGUGGUCAGGAGGGCAAGUGGGAUAAGAUCGUGCUGUCACCCUGCAACGGCGGCAAGCUGCUGUCGUAUUACUGCUUCUUCCCUCGUGAACAGGGUGAUUACGCCACGCAGGCGUGGGGUGCCGAAGGUCGUCCGGUGGAGGAGCUGUUGAAGCCCUACCCCAACCUGGAUCCCCAGGUUCUCAAACAUCUCUCCAUCGGCAAGGAGAUCCAGCCCUGGCGUUUGUGGGUUCAUGAACCAUACCCAUACAUCCACAAGGGCAAUGUCUGCCUUCUGGGCGAUGCCGGGCACCCGAUGAUGCCUCACCAGAGCCAGGGAGCCUGCAUGGCCAUCGAAGAUGCCGCCGCACUGGGCAUUUUGUUCAAUAAAAAGUACUUCAACGGUGACGUCGCACAGUCCCUUGCAGUGUACGAGGAAGUUCGCCUUCCUCGGGCCACCCGCGUGCAGGCCGCUGCGGCCAAGGCAGCGUACAACAUCAACGAACGAAUCGGAUUCUCGGUCAACAAGGACACCGCCACGUACAAGGUCGAAGACCCGAAGAAGAUCCUAACGAUUGAAGAGAUGAAUGCAUAUGACAUGUACGGAGACGUCGAGGAGAAAUUGGCAGCCAAACGCGGCGAUCGAUACACGGGCAAAUUCAUCUGUGGGUUGCCCAUUGGUCUGGAAUUGCCCAGUGGCAUCACGAUCGGAGCAUCAGCAUGA